AUGGAGGACCCCACGCUGGAGCAGGUGUGUGCACCUGGAGAAGGCUGUGACCAUGUGGAGAGCCUGUGCCAGAGCAGACUCCUGGCAGGACCUGUGGACCCAUGGAUAGAGGAGCCCAUGCCGGAGCAGAUCUGGCCACGCUGCUCAAACUGCUGUUACCUGACUUGCCCCAGCAGAAAGGAAAAAUGCUGCUUGUGUUGGUGCUUUUUGUUUACCAGUGAGCAAAACUGCAGCUGUUUCCCAUGUCUGUACAAAGACAACCGACUUUGCCCAUCCUGCAACUGCUCAUGUGCAGAGCACACCGACUGCUGGUGGUGCUGCUGCUCUUGUUCAAAUGACCCAGACUGCAAAUGCUGCUGCUGCGGUGGAGAGAAUUCAGCAUGUCAGUAUUAUGAAAGCAAGUGUUGCAGAAGCUCUGCCAAUGAACCACAUCACUCAAGAACACCAGGAACUGUUCAGGUAAAAACCUAUGUAGUGACAAGAAAGAACAUACAGAGAACUUUAAAACAAGGAGGAAAACAGGAAUGUGUUUGUAGCAAGGCAGCUGCAGCUGUGUUUCUGCAGUCUGCAGAGUGCUUAGGGAAAGUAACAAAAAAUGCAGUUCCUUCCAUUUUCCAACCUAGUCCACGUCUAAGAAACAAUACCCUAAGAAAACUUAAUUUUGAUGAAAUUUUCUCCAUUUUACAGGGACUUGUCCCAUUGCUUAUCAGAAUAAGGCAGUCAGAAAGUAAAGCAGAAAAAUAUCCCUAUUCUUUUAGCUGAGAGAUAAUUGUUCCAAGGCAUGUUUCAAGUACUCAUGAAUCCAAGCAAGCAACAUUGUUCCAAAGCACAUCUUUAAAUUCCUUGUUUGAUUUAGGUGAUCUGUCUAAAGACACUGUCAGAAGACCAAGCUCUACACCUCCCUGUUAUCCUACACAGGGUAAUGAAGUGUGUACAUACUGGGAUACAGCUUGUGAAACUCCAAGAAAAGAAAGAAAAUAUCAGAUUAACUUUUCAAGUCCAGAACCUAUAGACAAUGAAUCAGUGCCAGUGCCAGGAUCCGUUGUUAUAUACCAAUACCAGACUGCUGUUUACCCAAGGACUGUCAAAAUUUACUGGGCUUUUCCCACAGAAGACAUGGGGUUUUUUGAGGUAGAGUUUUAUGAAGUUGCUCAUAUUGGUCCUGAUAAAGUUGUCCAGUCACAACUAGCUGGCCAGCUAAGCCAGCUUUCCAGCCCUUUUGUCCCUUGUCACAUUUAG